GCCAUCUCCAACGCAAGGAACCCUGAGGCUGCGCAGUGAUGGUGGAUCAGUGUGCUGCAUCCAAAAAGGGGCAAUGACGAAAGUUAGUUGGCAGACAGCUGCAGGCCAUCUGGCAGACAGAUUCAUCGGAGCCAAGGGCAACGCUCGGGCCCUUUCUUGUGCCUGGCUCUUGGCCUAGAACUUUUUUGGUGAACAAGCUCUCGCUGGGCAUGUCCACCAGGUACGUACCGAUUGGGGAUGGUCGCAAUCUCGACUAACAUUUUCUCUUGUGAACGAAUACCAUCAUCUCCUUUUUUUUUUUCGCCAACGACGGACGGUGAGAGUAGAAGAAGAAGAGCAAGAAGAAUACAAGAGAUAGACAUCGUCCAAGUGUGUCUCCUUGGACCAUCGCUACCCAACAACCGACAGACGAGGAGCACGCAACAACAAGACCACACAAGGCCACAACUGCAAAGUCCCACCACACCCAGGGUCGCCCCCCGUGUCCAAUCCGAUCCGAUUCAAUUCCCCAGUUUUCACCUCCUGACGCGUAAAACGAAAGCCGACCUUUCCCUGCGACCACACACUCACUACCACUACCACAACACAACCACAUCCUCAAACCGCCUCGUCAGACAAAGGGAAUUCAUUCUUUCCCUGCCGCUCGCUCUCUCCUGCCACGACGAACGAACUGAUAUUUGAACAUUACGGAUAUGGUGGACGACGCUUGAAUUGCCUUGUUGAUCCAAAGAAACCCUUUUUUAAUUGUCGGUCGUCUGGGCCUGUGAGCACACCCUUGGGCGGACGGCGCAUAAUUGAUUCCAUUCGCACUUCUGUAUCCUCGCAUCGACCGACCUCUAAACCACUUCCGUCGCUGGCUGGCUGGCUUCCCGCCCCAGAAAAUCCGUCACGAUGGAUCUCCUCCGACGAGCUGGCAAGUUCGUCCCCGCCGGAGCCCGUCUGGCACUCCCCGUCACAGAUGAAAAGGACAAGAGCAAACGAAAAACAUGGGCUACCCGCCUGGCCUACCUCAAAAGGCCAAUGAGGUUACGGGGUAACUCGAGCGUAUCGGUGCCCCUCGGCGUCGUUGUUCUCUUCCCCGUUAUCGUCGUCAUCCUCAUCCUUGUGCUCUUCGUCAGACACCCCAGCAAUCCCGGGAGAAUAUUAAUACCUGCUGGCGCCCCACCAGCAAUAAGAAAAAUCAGUGAAAAGCACGACAAGGUGUUCGUUACCGGAUGCCUCGAGCCAGAUACCAGCAAGCCCCGCGCCAAUGCCGCCUUUGUCGUGCUCGCGAGAAACAAGGAGCUGGAUGGUGUUAUCCAGUCCAUGAAGUCGAUCGAGCGCCACUUCAACCGGUGGUACAACUACCCCUACGUCUUCCUCAACGAUGGCGACUUCAACCAGACCUUCAUGGACACCGUCAAGAACUACACCAAGGCCAACGUCGAGUUUGGCAAGGUUGGUCCGGACAUGUGGGGGUACCCUGACUGGAUUGACCCCAAGGUCGCCAAGGAGGGCAUCAACAAGCAGGGAGACAACGCCAUUAUGUACGGCGGCAUGGAGAGCUACCACUUUAUGUGCCGCUUCUACUCUGGAUUCUUCUACAAGCACGAGCUCCUUGCCAAGUACGAGUGGUACUGGCGCCUGGAGCCAGAGAUCAGCUAUUUCUGCGAUAUCACUUAUGACCCCUUUCUUGCCAUGAUUGAGCACAACAAGACCUAUGGCUUUACCAUUGCCGUCAAGGAGCUUCGCGAAACUGUCCCCAACAUCUUCCGUUAUGCUUCCGCCUACAAGCGCCUCAACAACCUGACUUCCCAGGGUCUUUGGGAGAUGUUCGUCGAGCCCCAGCCCGACAAGAAGCCCGAGCCCCCUGCGCCCCAGCUUCCCGAUGAGAUUCUGCGCAGCAAGCAGCCCGAGAUUGACCCGGAAGGAAUGGAGGGCGAAAAGUACAACAUGUGCCAUUUCUGGUCCAACUUUGAGAUUGCCCGUCUCGAUUUCUUCCGGAGUAAGGCGUAUGAGGAUUUCUUCCAGAUGAUGGACCGCAGUGGCGGUUUCUGGAUGGAGCGGUGGGGUGAUGCACCCAUCCACUCCCUUGCCGCCGGUGCUCUCCUCGCCCCUCGCGAUAUCCAUUAUUUCCGCGACUUUGGCUACCGCCACACCACGAUUCAGCACUGCCCCGCCAACGCUCCCGCGCGCCAGCUGCCUCGUCAGCCCUGGCUUGAGGAGACCACCACCGAUGAGCGCAAGCGUGUUGAGGAGGACAAGUACUGGGAGGAGUGGGACACACCCAAGGAGAACGGUGUGGGCUGCCGCUGCCGCUGCGACACGGACAUUGUGGACGUCGAAGGCAAGGAGGGCAGCUGCUUGGCCGAGUGGGUUGAUGUUGCCGGUGGAUGGGCGAGUCCUUGAUCGAAGACGUAAUGAAGCUGCAACUCUUGUCGAGUAUAGCAAACCCAGCUGCCGAGCAGUGUACAACUUUUUACCCAUAAUGAUACCGAACGGGUCUUGUUGAACCUGCUUUUCGCAAAAAGAUGGAUGGACGGACGGAUAGGACAUGGCAUAUUAGGAAUGAGGCCAUGACCGUAAAUAGAUGGCGGCGAAACUCUGGUAGCUUAGCUUUGCUACUGUGGAAUUAUUGCCCCUUUUUCCCUUAUGGAGCUUUCUUGUUUACACACUACACUACACACACAAACACACACACAUUGUUGUCACAUAGCAAAAAUCACCACAAUCUCAACCGGGGCCGGCACUUUGCAUUGGGGAUG